AUUUCGUUUCGUUAGAUAAGACGUUUAGCAAUACGACGUGUUAUAAGUUUCGGUUCCACUUUCUGUUCAGGAUAAGUGAAAUUAAUAUCCCCAACACAGUAACCCACUUAUCUCACUCUAACUAUGGACGAAGAAGAGCUGGUUUUAUGUACUCACUGCAAAAAAGAGGUGGCCAAGGCCAACUACGACCUGCACGAACCACACUGUAAGAGGUUUCUGUGUAUAUGCCCUGACUGCGAUGAAACCGUGCCUCGAGAUCAACUGGAAGAGCAUAAAACCGAGCAGCACGCAGAGGUAAAAUGUAAGAUGUGCAACAAAAAGUUGGAGCGGAGGCAUCUGUUGGAUCAUGAGAAAGACGAGUGCUCCGAGAGGCCUCAGAUCUGUGAGUUUUGUCAGCUUGAGCUUCCUCUGAGCAGUCUAAAAGAGCACAAAGUGUCCUGUGGGAGUCGCACAGAACGCUGCUCUGACUGUGGCCAGUACGUUAAACUGAUGGAGCAGCUUGAUCACGCUCAGAUCUGCUCUGCUUCCACCCCCACAGCGUCAAAGAACCUGGUCUCUGAAGAUGAUACUGCAGACACAGAUGAGCUGACCAUGCUGCAAUGUCAGAAUUGUCUGAAAUACAUUCCCUCAGACACUCUGAAGAAGCACAAGCUUCUUUGCAAACAGUCCUUAAAGUUUGCAGAUGUUGAGGAUGAUGACUCUGAGGAUGAAAACCCCAAUGCUGGAAAUGCCAGAGCUGCAGAUUUCUCCUUCUCAUCAUUGCAAAAGAAGAAGAGAGAAACAGAAGACAGAAAAAUUGACCUGGAUAAGAUAAGCACCUGUCCGCUCUGUCAUCUGGCUCUCCCUGCAAAGACACUCGAAUGGCAUGAGACAAAAUGUGAAUUAUACAAACAUCUGAGCCUGGCAUGAUGGCUGGUGAAAGAAAAGCAAAAUGUGGUCGCUGGAAACUCCAAUCACCACAAUGCUUCUUAUAAAUUGCCAUUGUCUGCUUUUAAUUUGAAAAUAAUGUCUCUUUAAAAUUUAUCUUCAAAACUCUUAAAAAGUUUUAGACAUCCUGAGUGAGGGUACUUUAUGUGCAUACUUUAUUGUUUUAUUAAUUACUAUUAACCCUUUUUAUGAUGCAGUUGUUUGGCUCUUUCAAAAAUGUGUUUGUUUAAACGUUACUGCAAGUUAAAUCCUGACAAACCUCAGACCACAGUGAAAAAUAACGUUAACACAAGAUAAACAAACUAUGAGGGGCUUAAUAUAUUAUAGACUUUAAAUUAUUUCUCUCUCUGCCAAUACAUAUCUUAGUUUAAAAUAACUGAGAAUCCUGCAGACCAUCUAGUAUUACUCAGUUGGAUAUGUUUAACUACAUUGUAAAAUGUUGUUUACUGCUCUAUUGGUUCAUUUGUAAUUUAGUAGAAUAUUCCUAGGAUUUAUUAUUAGAAUUAAAUUUUGAUUUUCUUGGAAGUAAACUUAGUGCUCCUAGUAAUGAUGAAUCUAAUAAAAUGAAUUUUUGUGCAAAUGUAGUUUUUUUCAAAACCUGUUGGAAAUGAAAAUAAAAAAGCGCAAGAGUGA